AUGGCUCCCUCCUACUCUGUAUCACCAGCCCUCGUCGAUCGAGUACUCCGCAAUGCAAAGAGAGUUGUUGCCGCAGCCGGGCCCGACAUCGUGAACCUCUCUGCGCACAGUGUGGUUUCCCGUCGCAGCCUUACCGUCAGCAGCACCCAGAAAGUGACACUGGGAGUGAUCGCAGCCUACGUGGUGGUGAUUGCGCUUCUUUGGAACUUGCCGUACGUUCGCUGGUCAUUAUGGCCGUUCAAAAUGCUGGUGAUUGCUUUCCACGAAUUCGGCCACGCCAUAACCGCGUGCUGCACAGGCGGCCGUGUCGAGUCCAUCUCUCUUGAUCCGCGCGAAGGAGGUGUCACCCACAUGCGAGGAGGAAUCAGUGCCAUAACUCUUCCGGCGGGCUAUCUUGGGUCCUCCCUUAUCGGCGCCCUACUUAUAUUUUGUGGAUUUGAUAUCGUUGCGAGCAAGGUCGCUAGCAUAGUCUUGGGCGUCUGCUUUCUGCUCACCCUCUGGUGGGCGCGGAAGGACUGGCUCACAAUUGCCACUAUCGCGCUCGCCGUUGGAUUACUUGUGGCCUGCUGGUUUAUUUCUCACGCGCAGCCGCUGAGAUUUGUGGUUCUGUUUAUCGGCGUCAUGACUAACCUUUACUCAGUGUGGGAUAUUUGUGACGAUCUUAUCCUCCGCAAGGUCAACAGUUCUGAUGCCAGUGUCUUCGCUAAGAGGUAUGGAGGGUCUUCGCAAUGUUGGGGCGUGAUUUGGUCUAUCAUAUCCGUGCUUUUUAUGGCUGCUGGUAUUGUCGCGGGGAUAGCUGCGUUCCCACGGUCCUUUACUCUGCACUCGAAAUCCGCGCCACGAGUUGCUUCUCCGAAGGCUCGGAAUGCAGCUCAAUUGUUUGCUCUUUACGCUUCGGGUAAACAGGCGCCCAAGGCUCCCCAGGGCAUGCUCAUUUGA